AUGAGUAUUAGUACCAGAAGAGUCUCUCGUGCUCAGUGUGCGAACUGUACCUGUUCGCCAGGCUUGUUGUCGAGGAGCAACAGGAGAUCAUCCUGGUUUGCAAAACAGAUAAAUUUGAAGCGUGGAGGUUCCGGUCUGGGUCUGCCGGGAGGGUCCAGAAAGGGUUCAGUUUUCACUAUUGAUGCUGCCAGUUUGUGUGUGCCAGAGGUAAAAGAGACCAAUACUUCCAAGAGAUUAGAAGCUUUACGCCGUUUGAUGGCCAAACAUGACUUGGCGGUGUAUAUUAUUCCUUCGGAAGAUGAGCACCAUUCGGAAUAUGUUUCAGCAAAAGACCAAAGACGGAGUUUUAUAUCCGGGUUCCAAGGAAGCGCCGGAGUGGCUAUUGUGACAAGGGACCUCAUGUGUAUGAAUGACGUUCCUGAGGGAACCGCUGCGUUGUCUACUGAUGGACGUUAUUUCAACCAGGCUCUCAAUGAGUUGGAUUUCAACUGGCAGUUGUUGAAGCAAGGAGCAAAGGGUGAGCCCUCAUGGGAAGAGUGGACGGUUCUUCAGGCCAUCCAAGCCAGUUUGGAUUCGGGAACCACUGCUAAAAUCGGUGUUGACCCAAAGUUGAUCACAUACACCUUGUACGAGAAGAUAUCCACCGCAAUCACGUCAAAGAUUGCCCUGCUGUCACGUUUCGAAAAAGCUCGUGUUGAGCUAGUGCCAGUAACUGACAACUUGAUAGACCGACUGUGGAAGCAUUUUGAAGACUUGCCUAGUCCUCCAGAGAAUAUCAUAAAAGUAUUGGACGACAAGUACACUGGUGAAGGUAUAUCGUCUAAAUUGGACAAGGUGAUAGAAGAGAUCACUGCUCAAAAAGCAGCUGGUCUUGUUAUUUCAGCUCUUGAUGAAAUUGCCUGGCUCUUGAAUAUGAGAGGUAGUGAUAUCGAGUUCAACCCUGUGUUCUACGCCUACUUGAUUAUCACCAGCGACCGCCAAGUCACUCUCUUUGCCGAUAAUUUCCGCUUCGAUACCAAGGUCCAGUCUGUCUUGAAGUCGAACAACAUCAAGGUUGAGCCAUACGAAGCAUUUUGGCCAUCAUUAACUCGCAUGAGCUCCGAGCUCAAAUUGGACAAUAAAUCGCUCUUGACACCACAAUAUGCUUCUUGGGAAAUUGUUCGUACUCUCGACGGCGCUUCCAAACAAUCGACCAGGUCACCUGUGGAAGACUUGAAAGCCAUCAAGAACAGCACUGAGCUUGAAGGCGCCAAAUCUGCCCAUUCAAAGGACGGAAGAGCUUUGUGUCGUUUCUUUGCAUGGUUGGAAAAUGAAAUGAACAAGGGAGAGCUUAUUGAUGAGAUAGAGGCCGAUGAGAAGUUGACCCACUAUAGGUCACAAGAGAAUGGAUUUGUAGGGUUGUCAUUUGCUACUAUCAGUGCUACGGGUGCCAAUGGAGCAGUGAUACACUACAAGCCAGAAAAAGGAGCUUGCUCCACCAUAAAUCCACUGAAGAUGUACUUGAACGAUUCGGGAUCCCAAUUCUUCGAGGGCACUACUGAUACCACGAGAACAGUUCAUAUGGGACAACCAUCUGCUGAUGAAAUACGCAACUAUACAUUGGUGUUAAAGGGGAACAUUGCAUUGGGGAGUUUGAAGUUUCCAGAAGGAACUACGGGAGCAUCUGUUGAUGCAGUUGCCAGACAAUAUUUGUGGCAGUAUGGACUUGACUAUGGUCAUGGUACCGGUCAUGGCGUAGGAGCUUAUUUGAACGUUCACGAGGGCCCUAUUGGAAUUGGACCUCGUCCUAACGCUGCCACUACCACCCUCAAACCUGGACAUUUGUUGAGUAAUGAACCAGGAUAUUACGAGGAGGGAGAGUAUGGUAUUCGUAUCGAGAAUGUCAUGUUUGUCAAGGAAAGUGGCACCAGCUACAACGGCAAGAACUUUUUGGAGUUUGAGACGGUAACAAAGGUUCCGUUCUGCAAAAAAUUGAUUGACGUUUCAAUGUUAACGAAAAACGAAAAAACCUGGAUCAAUGCGUACCACCAGCAGGUUUGGAACGAAUUGAGUGGGUCGUUCGCAAAAAAUUCAGUCGAGUACAAUUGGUUGAAGAAAGAGACGAAAGCAAUUUAA